AUGUCUGUACGCCUCGCGGCCGAGUUUGCAGGUUCCCCUCGUCUUCGAAUGCACGUCGACUGCAAUCACGAUGAAAGCGUUCUCGUCUACCCCUAUUACAAAUGCACCCUUCUUUCCUUGAUUCAGAAUGAUCCGGAAUUUCCUACGCUGGAGCGCAAGAAGAUUCUACGACACACAGGAGAAGCAAUACAAGAGCUUCACAGCAAAGGCUGUAUUCAUAUUGAUGUAAAGCCUGACAACAUAUUGGUCAACUGGACUAGCGAUAGCAAUGGCAACAAAACAGUUGCCGACGUGGCCUUGGGCGAUUUUGACAUCGCCUACAAAUUGGAAGAUGGACUGUCGCGUCAAACACCUUACGCAAUAGGCAAUGCGAUGUGGCGAAGCCCAGAGGGACACACUAGAACUGGCGUGACCAAGGCGUCGGACAUAUUCUCCUAUGGACUGGUUUGUAUCUACGCCCUUGGAGGUGGUGACUUCCUUCUUGUGAAUGAUUACCAGGAACUUGUGCAGAGUGGUGUAACACCGGAACAAGAGAUUCUCACUCGACAUUUUUCUUACUUUGGGCCAGUUCCCGAAGGACUUCUCAAACAGAUCGAUAAUGAGAAUUGGCGGAGCGCUCUGAAAUCUGCGGGGGCAGUGGCGGAGGAGGCGGUGAAGGAAGAGCCCAUGCUGAGAUUCACACAAUGGGGAGCAGAGCUGGGCCCCGAAGCACAGAACAUGAUAUCUGGAAUGACAAACCCGGACCCAACAGCCAGAACAACAAUAAGCCAGGUUCUGGCUCAUAGAUGGUGGCAAGAUAACACUAUCUAG